AUGUCUGUCAAAUUCGAGAAGGAAGUUACGCGAGUAACAGAGGGGAAUGAGUCUAUCAGGGCUGCGACGGGAGACCUGGCGCAUCGUCUCGGAGACCGUCUCACUGGAGGCAAAGCCACUGGAGCAAAUGGCUAUCUUCAAGCCUACCUCCUCCACCUCCAGAAGAACCCGCUGCGCACAAAGAUGCUCACCUCCGGUGUGCUCUCCGGUCUGCAGGAGCUGCUGGCCUCGUGGAUCGCGCACGAUGUCGGCAAGCACGGCCACUACUUCAGCUCGCGCAUUCCCAAGAUGUCCCUCUACGGAAUGUUCAUCAGCGCGCCCCUCGGCCACGUUCUCAUCGGAAUUCUCCAGAAGAUCUUCGCCGGCCGCACAAGUCUGAAGGCUAAGAUCCUUCAGAUCCUCGUUAGCAACCUGAUUAUCUCCCCCAUUCAGAACAGCGUCUACCUGACCUCCAUGGCUGUUAUUGCCGGUGCGCGCACCAUUCACCAGGUCCGUGCGACCGUCAAGGCCGGUUUCAUGCCCGUCAUGAAGGUGAGCUGGGUCACCUCCCCCUUGGCCCUGGCCUUCGCCCAGAAGUUCCUGCCCGAGCACGUUUGGGUACCUUUCUUCAACAUUAUUGGUUUCUUCAUUGGAACCUACGUCAACACCCACACCAAGAAGAAGCGCCUGGAGGCUCUCCGCAAGCGUUACGACCAGCGCCGCGACCCCGGUUACGAGAAGCGCGACUACCCUUAA